UACAAAAUAAUAUGUUAAAAUCGAACAAUAUUAUCCGCGUAGAGAUAUUAAAUAAAUGACUUUUGAACGUUUCAGUUUUGCCCUCGAAUAUAAAUUUUCCGCAAAACGUUCGGCGACCGCGGGGUGUGUUGGACGUGUGGUUGAUUUUUUUUGCGAACGCACAAGUCUCGUUCACCUACCACACAGUGGCCACUGGACACAGUGAAGGGAGACCACUACUAAUCCGGCGGUGAUCAGCGCGCGCUGACAGUAGUCAAGAUUACAAUAGUACAAAAAAAUCGGUAGCGGAAUGCGGUAACCAGCUACAUUUAUAAACAGGACGAGCAAUGCAGAAUGUAUUUGCCCGGGACAUGUUUUCAAUGGGCUCGUUUGACGGCAGCGUCAAAUGCAACGGACAUGUCCAGCUACCGGGGCGUACGACAAAAAAAGACCGCAAAGGGUGUAAAAAAGAAAAAAUUGAGACUGUUUUAAAAAACCGACUGUUAAGCUCGCCUAAAUCCAAAACGUUAAAUAAGGUACCUAAAAACAAUGUCAAAACAAAAAGUGCUGUGAAUCAAGUCGAUUCUGACGAGAACAGCUGCGCCAUGAACCUAGUGGUGAAAAAACAGAAUGCCAAUGAAACCGUGUUUCCUAUAAUGGACCUUGGACAUUACAGUAGACCCCCAACACCACCGCCCAUCGUUGUGCCAGAAUCGAUCGAAGACCGUUUGACCGAGUCUUCGCCGAAAAAGACACCGGCCAAAAAGAAAAACAAAAGCAAAAGUGAAAAAGUCUGUUUGAAUGUUUGCAAGAAAACCGAUAAAGUCGAUCCGUCUUGUAUAAACGAUAAAAACCAAUUGAGCUGCAACGUUAUUACUAUUCCACCCAAGAGAAAGUACGCCAAAAUGACCAAUUGGCAGAAGGAUUGUGGUACCCGCCAUGAAACAUUACAAAGGAUACAAAAAGAAUGCGAAAAGGAAGCAAAGUUAAGAGAAGACCUCUAUCCUUUAGAUCUAGUGUCGUCAGAUGCUGAAGAUUUCGAUAGCCCUUUAACUCUAGAAUUAGAAGAUGCGCCCUAUCAAAGAUUCUGGAUGCCCACAGUACGUACGGCUCCAGUCGAUCGGGAUGCCAAAGUGAAAAAUCUUCAAUCGAUUCUGAGAAGAAGAUUUCACCAACUAUCGAGCUUACCAGAUAAUACCCCUUCUUCUGAUCUAGUGUUUGCGAUGACAAACGCUGCACGAAACGACCCCGUUUAUUUCACAAGAUACGUUUGCCCCGAUUCGGGUCCAGUAAUCAAAACAAAGAGGAGUCGAGGUGUGACGAUGGUGCAACAAAAGUGCUGUUUAGAAAGAUGUCACGACGCUGCCAUUCCCUGUACGCGACAUUGCUUUAAGCAUAUUUUACGCAACGUCGAUCAACUUCUUUUCGAACAUUGUUCGGCACGAACCAAUCAAGGUCCGUGUACAAAUGCAGUUUUCAACGUACGCAAUGUACAGCCAUUGUGCUCCGAACACAUGUACUCGAAAGCUCCAGUUCAAACUGAAGACGUGCCGCCGUCGGUGAAACCUAGGCCGAGAAAAAGGCCCAAGACCACUCCGUUCAACAAGUUAACGAAGAGAAGCAAAAAGAAAAAACCGCCACCCAAGUACCCAAUCGAACCUCCGCCAUACACCGAGACAAUCGAGCCCAACAGUAGUAGCGCUAUUGAACCGAUUACGUGUACUAACGAACUGCCGCAAAACAUCGGCUGCGACGUCUCUUCCCUGUAUACGUCGGUGGCGAACCCAGAUAUGUACCUUCAUCCGGCAGUCGCUAGCAACAUCAUCGCAAACGAAGAAGUCGGCGACGAAGUGCUCGCCGGCCUGGACGCUGCUGAACUGAGUCACGCGUCACGAUUGCUGGACGACCACGACGAUAUCACGAGCGUUUUCAGCCAAAUACCCGUGGACGCUUUCAACGAUCUCUUUACUGUCGAUAAAAACGGACAGUACGUGCCGUCCCGCGAAGAAACCGAGGAGUUAGAACGGGCGCUCGAGGCUGUCGAUAUGGACGUUCGGUCAUUGGAACGGCUGUCGCAGUCGCAUAUGGCCAACAUUCUGGAUCCGGCGUCGUUACUAGCCGAUUUACCCAUACCACCUUUUACUAGCUCAUAGCAUAGUCGUAAGAUUACCGUGACGACGCAAAGAUGAAACACUCAAAACAGGUGCACAGAUUAGUGAGAAGAGAAUAAAAUUAAAAAAAGUAAUAAUAUAAUGAAGUAAAAAAAAUAAUGUAGUUCACGUUUAAUAAAUAGGCGGUGUUUUUGUAUAAUUAUCGACGAGAUAAUUAUUAAAUAUUCGGUUAGUAAGUUUUAAAUUUUAAGCAAUACUAAAAAAAAAAAAAAAAUGUACCGAAUAGUACGUAGCUAAUAUAUAAUAUUGCUUAAUAUAGAGCAUAGUCGAGGUGUUAUUUAAUUAAUUUUGUUUUUGUCCAGAUAACAUUGGUAUUUAUAAAUAUAAAUAUUUAAGAAUUAUAUAACGUGUGUUUCUGCGGUGUGCAUUCUCAUACACAAUGGAAAUACGAAUAAUUAC